UGUCCUGCCUGUCCACCCUGCCUUGCAUCGAGCAUAUUAGUCUGAGACUCCCCCCCCCUGCUGCCCUCCGGGAGCUGCCCCGCACGGCUGGGCCCGCCAGGGCCGUGCACCCAGGGGUCCCUCCACACCUUCCCCCACCCCACAGCUCAGCACCCCCCUGCCCGGCCCCUGACCCGGGCAGCCAGAGCCCCGGGGAGCUCCUGGGCCGGGGCCAACCGCCUCCGCAGAGUGCCUGGCCCGGGGCCGCAGGGCUGGGAGCCCCGGUGCUGGCGGCUGCUGGGGCGCCAGCGGUGGCUGCGGAUCUCAUCAUGGUGGAGGCCAUCCCGGGGAGGGCACCGUGGGGGCCAGGGCUGGCCCUGUUGUGCAGGCAGAAAGUGUCCGGCAGCAGCAUGGCAGGGACAGUGCUGCCCCUCUGCCUGCUCCUUGCUGCUGCCCUGCGUGGUGCCCUGACCCAGGCGCCGGGGCACGGGGCCCGGCCCGGCCCCCUGCUCCUGCGGCUGCGGCGGCUGGAAGAGCAGUUUCACCGGCUCCAGGAGGUGACACUGAACCAUCUCCAGAGCAUCGCCAGGAACUACAACAUCUCUUACAACAUCGAUGGACGCUUCCGGGUGCUGGCAGAGCAGGCAGAGGCGGCUGCUGCUGCCCGGGCCACCCUGGGCGCUGAACUUGCCCGCCUGGCCACCAGCGGUCGGCGGCUGCACCGCAGGCUGAAGAGGCUGGAGGGGACAGUGGGUGCCCUGAGCCUGCUGCACCACCCGCUCACCCAACCACCGGGUGCACCGGUAGAGGCUGGCACCAAGCCGCACAGCCUGCCAGAUGCUGCCCGGAGCUGGGGCAGCCAGCUGGAGUGGGAGCCGCAGGGACGGGUGGCCUCCAGCACCCCCAGGCCUGGGCGCCCGAAGGCAAGGCGGUGGCAGCAACACCGGCAGGAGGAAGGGCACCAGCUGUCGGCCAAUGCUGGGGCCAGCGGUGCACCUGGGGAGGAUGCAGAGGCCCCUCGCAGUGCAGCACCAGGACACCGAGCUGUGGCACUGGCACUCCCCACCGUGACCAUGGUCCCCCAGGAGCAGCCGCCAGCCCCCCAGCAGCCAGGAGAGGGUAGGUACGGGCCCCCUGACCUGGCACCCACAUCCCCAGCCUGCCGCACCGGUGCCGUCCUGCUCUUCCCCAACACUUCUGCCGAGCACGUGGCUGUCCUGGGGCCGGGGCCACGCCAGGGGCUGCAGGCACUGUCACUUUGCACCUGGCUGGCCACCCCAGCCCCCUGCCUCGGUGCCCUCCUCUCCUAUGUCACCAAGGACGGUGGCAGCAAGCUGGGUGUGCGUAGCCAUUGUGGGGACCUCCCUGGCUCUGCGCGCUUCGUCAUCGGGGACGGGCAGUUUCGGGAGAUCCCGGUGAUGCCGCUCCUGGAUGGCAAGUGGCACCACCUUUGCCUCAUCUGGUCCUCUGGCCAGGGCCAGUACCGUUUCUACGUGGACAGGCAGCUGCUGGCUGCCGGCUCCAGCUUCCGGCAGGGCUAUGAAAUUCCCGCUGGUGGCUUGCUGGUGCUGGGCCAGGAGCAGGACCACCCCAGCAGGGACUUUGGCACCGCAGAAGCUUUUGUGGGUCACCUGGCUGGCUUCGCUCUCUGGAGCCGGGCUCUCCUGCCUGGGGAGGUGGCCAGCAUGGCAACCAGCCAGGGGCUGCCCUGCAGCCCCCUCCUCACACUGGCCAAUGCCUCCCUGCAGGGUGGGGUGCGGAGGGUGGUGUGUCCCUGCCUCCAGCACUGCCUGUGACGAGCUUGGCAGCGGGAAUGGUGCCAGCUGCCAGCUUUCACAGCUGGCUCAUGGUGCCGAUGCUGGCACCAGCUGCAUCCUCCUGAGGUGAUGGGACACCUGGCAGAGAGGGUGUCUCAGGACCGGGGCCACUGGACAUGGGGAAAAGGAAAAGGGGCAGCCAGAGGUGGGACCCAGUCCUGGGGCCUGUCCCAAAGCCAGGUCAUCAGCUCCUGCCCCCAGAGGAUGUACCGCCUCAUCGUUCCUAUUAAAAUGCUCCAGGCAGAGAAGAAGCCUCAUUUAUUUCUGGUCUUGCUCUUCACUGUAACGCUCGCUGCCACUUACAGCCAGGCAGGAGCUGCUCAGCACAGGCAGCCGGAGCCCCAGGCUGGGUCACACGUGGGUGAUCCCUGCCCGUCCCCUGCCACUGCCGCUG